ACUUGGUUUCUUUUCCACGUGGAGGGAGCUUUGUUCUUUUCCUUUUUUGCAAUAAAUGUUACUGCUGCUCAGUGUUUAGGUCCGCUGCUGUCUUUACGAGUAAUAACGCUCACUAUGAAGGUCUGUGGUUUCGUUCCCAAAGCUAGGGAGAUCUAGGAUCCCACCGGGAGGAUCAAACAAUUCCAGACGCACUGCCUUUAGGAACUUUCACAUUCACCACAAAGAUCUGCAGCUUCGCUCCUUGAGCCAGUGGGACCGCAAACCCACCAGAAGAAAAACUCCCUGAAUACUUCCAAACAUCGGAAGAAAAACUCCAGAUACACUGCUUUUAAGAACUGUAACACUCAUCGCGACGGUUUGUGGGUCUGUGGCUUCAUUCCCGAAGUCAGUAAGACCAAGAACCCACCAGUUUUGGACACACUGGCACGUUGUGACCUCUCACCAUCUCUACUAAAAAUAACGAAAAUUAGCCAGGCAGCCGGGGGUGGUUUUACAAGCCUAUAAUCCCAGCUACUCAGGCAGCUGAGGCAGGAGAAUAAAUUGAACAUGGGAGUCAGAGGUAGUGGUGAGACAAGAUUAUACGCUGCACUCCAGCGUGGGCAAUAGAGUGAGACCACAUCAAAAAAAAAAACUUCGCUGGAAUUCGCUUUAUUCAGUGACAAUUAUAUUGGUCAGAUUUGUGUAUGUUGAUACUUGGGGAUGGAGAGGGAGAAGUCAGCGAUGACAGCAAAUUUUAGUGUAGAGCAACUAAGAGAAUGGUGGUGCAGGAAACGGAAUACGAGUGACUCCAAGUGGGAAUGGAGAUAACAUGCUGUGGAUAUUUUGGGUCCACAGAGCUGGGUAAAAAUCAGGUUUAACUUACUCCCCAUCCCCCUUUAAGAUGCUUCUCAAGCAGCCUCACUCCCUAAAACAAACGGAUACUUGGUUUUGAGCCACAUUAUUCUGCAGCCCCCGUAUUUUCUUCCAGGCAGGCCCUUCCUGGUGUAGACAAACAAGAUCGGGCUUGAGUGACACUCCUCCCUGAUGGCCUGCAUCUGGUUUAUACCCUGUAACUUGUUCCUCUAUUAAUGGGGUCUUUCAAAAUCCAGCCUCAGAUGCCCUGGUCCCGCAGCGGUGGCCUCACCUCUGGCGUGGCCGAGCUCACGUGGUCCAGCUUGUGCAAGUCCCAGGUCCUACUCCGGGUUUCCUGCUUUUGGCCACUCAGGAUUGGACCUGGGACUGAUACUGGUCGGCCCUGCAGGCGCUGCGGACAGCGGAAGCACAGAGAUUCCCCGCCCCGUUCCCUGACUCGGGAGCUCGCCGCGAUGCCCCGCCCCACUCCCCACCCGCUGAAUGCAGGGCGCGUGCUGCUACUCGGCGGCUCAAGCCCCGCCCGCACCGUCCCCAUUCUCUGACCGCUCCUCUCCCGGUACACUGCGCAGGCACCACAGAGCCGCGCCCCUCUCCUCUCCCCGCCACCGGGACGGAGAGCGCGCGCCGCUGCAUUUCCGGCGACACCUCGCUGUCAUUCCUGCGGCUUGCGCGCCCUUGUAGACAGCCGGGGCCUUCGUGAGACCGGUGCGAGUAUUUGGGGAUUAUUCUUAUUAUUUUCUGCCACUUUUAACUUUUAGGGAUUAUUUAGGAGUUUCACGGCCGUCUGCUUUUCGUCACCCCGAUUCAGCGGGCCUUCAGGCCGUGUGGUCGGUGCUUUUCUCGUUGGGUAUUUUCUGCUUUUCUUAAAAGAAGUUGUGGAUGCGCGGAGCCCCUGAGCUCCUGAGGCAAAGGCUUACCCUUGUAGCAUAGUGUUGCCUCGUUUCUUGGUGAUUUUCUUGCUCCAUCUCUUUAAAAGCCUCCCUUACUCGGUGCCGCCUCGAGUUAAGAACUGUGGGCAAGAUCCCAAGCCCGCUGCCCAUCCCUGUUUUAUGGAAACUUAAUUCUUUCUUUGUCCUUGAGGAAGGGACUCUCUCUGUCGCCCAUGCUUGAGUGCAGUUGCCUGAAUAUGUCUCAUUGCAGCCUCUGCCUCUUGGGCUCAAGCUAUCCUCCCACUUCAGCCUCCCAAGUAGCUGGGAUUUACAGGCGCAUAUCACCAUGCGCGAUUAAUUUUUUUAUAUUUUUUAGUAGACAAUGGGUUUCACUAUGUUGGCCAUGCUAGUCUUGAACUCCUAACCCCAGGUGAUCCGCCCGCCUCGGCCUCCUAAAGUACUGGGAUGACAGGCGUGAGCCACUGCGCUUGGCCUAAUUCUUUAAACAGAAUAAACGGGGUAUGCAUUGCUUUCAUCUUGUUAGGCUCACUGGAUACAGGAUACUUUCUGUAAGAAAAUAGAAGCUGUUUUUCCAAGGGUGCAGUGUCACAUGUGAAUAUGACCAGUGUUUCCGUAUAUUUUAUCCUCCCCUUCUGCCCUCCUAACAAGAACUGUGAGUUGGACGCAGAAGUUUCUAAAAAAGUGCAGGCCUGGGGUAGUCUCCUGUCUGGACAGAGAAGAGAAAAAUGCAGGACACGGGCUCAGUAGUGCCUUUGCAUUGGUUUGGCUUUGGCUACGCAGCACUGGUUGCUUCUGGUGGGAUCAUUGGCUAUGUAAAAGCAGGCAGCGUGCCGUCCCUGGCUGCAGGGCUGCUCUUUGGCAGUCUAGCCGGCCUGGGUGCUUACCAGCUGUCUCAGGAUCCAAGGAACAUUUGGGUUUUCCUAGCUACUUCUGGUACCUUGGCUGGCAUUAUGGGAAUGAGGUUCUACCACUCUGGAAAAUUCAUGCCUGCAGGUUUAAUUGCAGGUGCCAGUUUGCUGAUGGUCGCCAAAGUUGGAGUUAGUAUGUUCAACAGACCCCAUUAGCAGAAGUCAUGUUCCAGCUUAGACUGAUGAAGAAUUAAAAAUCUGCAUCUUCCACUAUUUUCAAUGUAUUAAGAGAAAUAAGUGCAGCAUUUUUGCAUCUGACAUUUUACCUAAAAAAAAAGACACCAAACUUGGCAGAGAGGUGGAAAAUCAGUCAUGAUUACAACCCUACAGAGGUGGCAAGUAUGUAACACAAGAGCUUAAUAAGACCCUCAUAGAGCUCGAUUCUUGUAUAUUGAUGUUAUCUUUUCUUUCUGUGUCUGUAGGUAAAUCUCAAGGGUAAAAUGUUAGGUGUCAGCUUUCAGGGCUCUGAAACCCCAUUCCCUACUCUGAGGAACAGUGUGAAAAAAAAUCUCUUAGGAGAUUUAGAAUAUCUGUUCUUUUGCUCAUCUUAGACCACAGACUGACUUUGAAAUUAUGUUAAGUGAAAUAUCAAUGAAAAUAAAGUUUACUAUAAAUAA